CCCGUUUGGCACCGACAACGUCGUCGACGACAGACUCGCAUCUACGCACGGCGACGAUGGCUUCCACGCUCUUCCGCCGCCAGCUCGCGCGAGCGUCGCGCCUGCCCCGCGCUGCAUCCACCUCCGCAUCGUUGCUGGGUCGCCGCCACCUCUCAAGCACCUCUUCCGCGUCCCAGCCUGAGACUACGGCCACCGAUUCCCCCGCUGCCGCCUCCCAGAAGAGGUCGGUGAAAACUCUGUUCGAUCUGCAUACUGUGGAGGACCUCCAUGGAAUGCCCGCCUCUGAGAUUCUGGCGGAGACGGGCACGAGAAGGGACACGCAAAUGAGACAUUUCACUGUAAACUUUGGUCCUCAGCAUCCUGCUGCCCACGGUGUGCUUCGGUUGAUUCUUGAGCUGAACGGAGAGGAGGUUUUGCGUGCGGAUCCGCAUGUCGGCCUCCUUCAUCGUGGGACAGAAAAGCUCAUUGAAUACAAGACCUACACGCAAGCCCUUCCGUACUUCGAUCGGCUCGACUAUGUGUCUAUGAUGACAAAUGAGCUGUGCUACACUCUUGCCGUCGAGAAGUUGUUGAACAUUGAGGUGCCGGAACGUGCAAAGUGGAUCCGAACAUUAUUCGGAGAGAUCACUCGUAUUCUCAACCACCUCAUGGCGAUCCUCACGCACACUAUGGACGUUGGUGCACUGACACCCUUUCUGUGGGGCUUCGAGGAGCGAGAAAAGCUAAUGGAGUUCUACGAGCGCGUUUCCGGUGCUCGUCUGCACGCAGCAUACGUCCGUCCUGGCGGUGUCGCAUUUGACCUUCCGCACGGGCUACUGGAGGAUAUCUUCCAGUGGGCGACUCAGUUUGGUUCGCGGGUGGAUGAGAUUGAGGAGGUCGUAACGGGUAACCGUAUCUGGAAGGAGCGGACGAUCGGCGUCGGCGUUGUCACGGCGAAGGAGGCGCUCGAUUAUAGCUUCAGCGGUGUUAUGCUGCGAGGUAGCGGUGUCCCAUGGGACGUCAGGAAGGUCGCUCCAUACGACAAGUACGCCGAGGUCGAGUUCGACAUACCUGUCGGCAAGAGUGGAGACUGCUAUGACCGAUACCUCUGUCGAGUGCAGGAGAUGCGCGAAUCGCUUCGGAUCAUUCAUCAGUGUCUGAAUAAGAUGCCUACCGGAGCGUACAAGAUCGACGAUUACAAGCUUUCCCCUCCUCCUCGCGCGUCGAUGAAGGAGAGCAUGGAGUCGUUAAUCCACCACUUCAAGCUGUUCAGCGAGGGCUACUCUGUCCCUCCAGGCGAGACGUACAGUGCCAUUGAGGCGCCCAAGGGCGAGAUGGGCGUAUACCUCGUCUCUGAUGGUACAAACCGCCCGUACCGCUGCAAGAUACGCGCGCCUGGCUUCGCCCACUUGGCAGGUGCAGAUAUGAUGAUGAGACAUCAUUUCCUUGCAGAUGUUGUUGCCAUUAUUGGAACUAUGGAUCUUGUAUUUGGCGAGGUCGACCGAUGAACAAAUGUAUUCUAGAGUGUCGUCACUUUCAUCGAUUACCUUGCCACCUGCCACCUCCUUGAAGUGAUGUGAGA